ACUGUUUCAUUAUUCUUUUUACUCAGUAUCAUUUGUUUAAAUAUUCAUAUUGUUCUCUCUGUUUAAAUCGUCUCACGAUCAUGCUGAUGAAGCAUGUUUCUUGUGUUUCAUGAUGAACACAUGAGGAGGAGAUUAUAGUAAUUACAUAUACAGUAUCAUGAAGCAUUUAAGGGAAUUGUCCUUUUCUUUGAACUAAAAAUAGCCAUGAUUAUGGAAACCCGUAUUAAAGACGGAUUCAGAUUUACCACAGACCGUAACUUUUUUGUGUACGCUUGCUUGUAGUAUAAAAAACCAGCAACCUUUACUUAUAAGGUUUAUUUGUAAUCUCAACUGUCCUUGUCCGGAUCUCUCUCUCUCUCUCUCUCUCUCUCUCUCUCUCUCUCUCUCUCUCCAAGUCCUCCUCUAUACCAUCUUGGUCUGUGCUUUUGGUUCCAAGGUCAAAGUCUCUCCAAGGGAGCCUCUUAAGAAUCUGGGGUUAUAAUCAUCGUGAGAAUGCUUCUGGGUCUCUUUCUUCUCUUGGCCUCGACUAGCUAUUCAAGUGCAACAUACUGCCUGUGUAGAGAUGGAGUAGGAGAAAAGCAGCUACAAACAAGCUUGGACUAUGCAUGUGGAGCAGGAGCAGACUGCACACCCAUCCUUCAAAACGGUGCGUGUUACCAACCCAACACGGUGAAGAGCCACUGCGACUGGGCCGUCAACAGCUAUUUCCAGAGAGCCGGUCAAGUCUCUGGAAGCUGUAAUUUCUCCAACACCGCCACUCUCAGCACCAAUCCCCCAACUGUGGUUACUGGGUGCGUCUAUCCUUCAAGCCCCGGAAAUGCAGGAACAAAUGUGAUUCCUGGAACUAUUCCAGUGUUUGGUCCAACCGGAGCCACUGACCAAGGCAAUGACGCUACUACUGGUUUGUACACCCCUUAUGCCCUCAUCACCUUCUGGUCACUGCUCUUAUUAUGGGGUCAUUAAUGAAGGAAUCUGCUGGUCUUUUUGUUUUGUUUUCUGCUACAAAUGUUGGAAAUGGGGAAUUUCUCUGUUCGCUCUUACAUCUAGAGAACUGCUACCAUCAUCAGUUUCCUUUCUUUCUUCCCCUUCUUCUCAUUUCUAUCCAACGUAAACUGUAACUGUAAGUGCUAAAUCAUGAUCAAUGGUGAAUCAGUAGGUUUCAGUGAUGAA